UACAAUAAUUAUGGUGACGGCAGUUUCUAAGAAAAUGAAUAGAAAUUCAUCCAUCAAAACAACAACGACGACAAUCAUUGCAAAGAAAACUCUUGAAUCAAUUAAUGGAAGUAUUUCAUCGGCAUCGGGAUUCAGACUUUUGAUUGAAGCGAAUGGAGGCUUAGGCAAUAUAACGUAUUCAGGUGGAGGCGGAAGUGUGGGCAUCGAAGAAAUUUGCGAGACAAUGUCGACUGUUAGCAAAAACUCAAUUUAUAAACAAAGGAUCGAUGCCAUGUUUGAUGAUUCGAGCAGGUCGAUAAUUAGUCAACGUUCUUUCCGUGACCGAAAGCGUGCAUCAUCUGUGAGUGGUUCGAUAAGUGGAAGCAACAGACAUUCAAGCGAUCGCUUACAAGCAAUCACCGAAAAUGAUUUUAACAACACGUCGCCUUCACAGUCAAUCAAAAACAGUGUGCAAGCUCAGAUCGAGAAAAUGUUUACAGAUAUAGCGAAAGACGAUCCAUCAAUCAGCAGUUGCUUUACAAUUAAAUAUUUAGGAGCAUUGCCUUUGACGGGGAAAGUGACAAGCUUGCUGGGACUUCAAGAUCCUUUACGCCAACUUUACUUAAGCGGAGCUGGACAUGGUAAUCAAAAUGCGGGCACAUUAGAUAUAAGCCCAAAAGGUUUGCGGGUUCGCUUAGCUAAUGGACGAGAGCCACAAGUAACACCAUUUCAAAAUAUAGCAGUAUGGUCAGCUGUGAAGUUUGUAGUCUCACAUUCAGAAGGUGGUGCUGCAUUUUUGCCACUGAUAACCGAUCCAGAAAAUAUUGACAAAGCAAUUCUCUUCAAGCCGCUCAAUGCUGCAGAUAAAAGACGAUUAUCAUCUGGAUUACAUUCUCCACUCUUUGCUGUUGUUAUGAAGUCGCCUAAUAUUGCAAAGCAAUUGGAAUGUCAUGGUUUCGUAUGUCAAUCACCUGAAGACGCCAUCGUUAUUGCUGCUACUUUAUAUCAAAAUUUAAUGGCUCACAUGGGAAGCAGUCAAAAUCAACGUACAAGAAAGCCGAAAAAUCGCAAUGGCAUUGGAUGUAUGAGUAUUGCAAGUAGUUCUGCAAUCACAAAUGCAGUACAUUCAUCAAAAUCUUCAUUACGUGGAAGUCGAAAUGGAAGCACAAGAAGCAAGCAAAGUUUGCCACCAGUCCCACCACCAUCAAGACCACCAAGGAAGAAGAGAAGUGCAUCAAAUUCCUUGAGUAGUGAAAGUGAUGUUAUCAGAAGUAUUGGCACUAAUAACAAUAUUCACCCUGAUUUUGAUACAUCAUCUGAUGAGAAUAAUAAGAAUAAGAAUUUAAAAGCGAAGAAACCGCUGCCACCAUUGCCUUUGAAUCCUCCAAAUAUAAAUCGAAGAGUGAGACGCGAUGGAACAUCAUCUGGUAAAUCAAAGUCAUCGACGGAACAAAAAUCAAACAAAGGUAAAAAUGAUGAUCCAUAUGGACUUAAAGAAGGCGGUGGAGAUAUUUUAACGAAAGUUGCCAUCCCUCGGUCAGGAAGUUUCUUGAACACAACGGGACAUGGCAGAUACAAAUCUCGAGGAACGAGACGUAAUUUGACUGGAAAGUCAGUCAACGGUGGAGCUUUCACAGGCGGUGGGGGUUCGCCAUUAGGUUUCAGCGAACUUUUUAAUGAGUUUCGACUUCAAGAAAAUCUUCAUUCACUUGAUGAUAUUUUAAAUGCCAUAAUAAAUUCAGAUGGAAUGUCAUUUAACGAUCUAAAGCCAAUUUACAAGGAAUUCUUAUUGAAACUGGCGGUUACAUUAACAAAAGAUGAACUCUAUCAACGAUCGAAAAGUAUUAUGCGUCGGCAGAAGAAGAAGAAGUUAAAGCGUAAGAACAGCAGUGCAACAACUCAUCCGGCUAAGAUGAUCAUCGGAGCGUUUGGUUUAAAGAAUAUGUUUCGAUUGGGGAAGUUCAAAAGUAAGAAAUCUCUCACAUCAUCUCAAGUGAAGCUUAACGAUCCAAAGCGAAAUUCUGAAUAUGAAUUGAAGUCGAAAAAGAAGCGAAGAGAUCGAUCAAGAAUUGGAACGAGUGGGUCGGAAGUAUCAGUUCAUCGUACUGAAACAGCUAUGAAUGGACAUAAUCGUAAUAGUUCAAGCGGAUAUGUUUCAUGUUCAGAAUGUAGUUACGAUUCCGAUAAUUGUACAUGCAACUCAGCCGAUCGUUGUUACUGUAGUUUGGGCGGAGAUGACAUCAAUGCUAAGCUUAACAGAGAAGCUGAAGAGCAACGAGCAUCCCCAGUGCCGUCAUGUCAUUCCGACGACAAGUGUUAUUGUUCAAUGGGUGAAACACUUGAUGGUUCUACAACUUGGUGCGACUCCGAUAGUUGUGCAACUGCAAGUAAAUGUUACUGCAAUCCAGAUGAGAAGAAAUCUCAAAAGAAAAGUAAGAAUAAAGAUGGAACAAUGAAGAAAGGUAAAUCGAAUAGACCACGUAACAAAGAUAAUUUCGCGUUGGACUAUGAGUUGUUCACAGUCGGUAGUAGCAGCAAGCAUGUUAAACCGACAGAAGCAUUGAGUGUUAAAAAAAGUGUUGAAAUGGCUGCAGUGUUCGCUGACGUCAAGUUGAGUCAAACAACCGACAUCAAAAAUUUGAAGCCGGCUAAAGAUAAAAAUCAGAAGUCGCACAAGCCAAAGCACAAUCAUAAGAAACAACAAGAUGAUGUGGUGUCAAUCAAGAACAAUAAAAAUGUGCUCAGGAUGAAGUCUGAAGACAAUUACAAGACGAGUGAAGUGAUUCUUAGAAAAGAUAUUGAAGUGACUUCAAAGCGUGUCACGAGAACUGAAGGUUAUUACCAAGCAGUGGCACCACGCCCCGUUAGCGCAUCUUUAGAAGACUCACUUGGAUAUCUCCCUUAA